CUUAGCUAUGCUAGUGAAAACAUCAAACAAGAGUUUGGUUAACAGCUUGGUCUUGCAAAUUUAUUUACUUACGUUCGGAACUUAUUAUCACAAUGUCCUCUGCGCGUCCUGAUGAUCAUCGUCGGAAGUGGAAUAGGGAGGAAUAUGAACGCAUAGCACUGCAAAGGCUUCAAGAUGAGAUUGCCGAAGAGGACUUGGGUAUUCCUAAACAGCCAGCGGUUAAAAGAGAGCUGCUCAAACAGCGUGAUUACAAAGUUGAUCUUGAAUCAAAACUUGGAAAAAGCGUCGUCAUCAAUAAAAAUACACCAUCAUCGCAGACUGGAGGAUAUUAUUGUAAUGUUUGCGACUGUGUCGUCAAAGACUCGAUCAACUUUUUGGAUCACAUUAAUGGCACGAAACAUCAACGUAACUUGGGAAUGUCCAUGAAAAUUGAACGCUCAUCAUUGGAUCAAGUUAAAGCGAGGUUUGCUCACAACAAAAAAAAAAUGGAAGAGAAAAAGAAGGAUUAUGAUCUUGAACAGAGAGUAAAGGAAUUGAAAGAAGAGGAAGAAAAAAUCAAGGAAUAUCGAAAAGAGAAGAGGAAAGAUCGCAAGCGAAAGCUGGAGGAGGCCAAUGAGGACGACGCAGGACCGUCUGAUGAAAUGGCUGCUGUUAUGGGAUUCUCUGGCUUUGGCUCAAAAAAAAAGUGAGAUAAAAUUAGUGUAUUUGAUAUGUUUCAUUCUCUACUUGACGUGCGUGUAAUG